AUGUACAAAGUCCCGACCACAAUUGAGGUUUCUGGUUUGAAUCUCGAAUGGUUCAAGCUUAGCCUGCUACAUCGUGAUGACCUACCAUCGGAUGUACGAAACUCACCCAAGUUUAUUGAAUUAAACAAUAGCCGGGAAGCUAUGAGUAUUACAGCCAUCAACGCUACAGCGCAGUACAUUAGCAAGAUUUGGGAAGUCUUCUAUGACGAUCUUCAAAAAGUGAUCCCCGACCCUUAUAUCCAGAUAACAGUCACUGUUCCUGUUGUUUGGCCUAGCCAUGCUCGUCAAAUGAUGCAUAAAGCCCUCCAUGAAGCAGGUAUCCUCAAUAAGAAAGUGGAGCUAGCUCCCAAGUUUGUUGCAGAGCCAGAGGCUGCGGCUCUGGCAUUCUUUUCCGCAGCAUACUACCUACAACAGCCACAAAGCUCCAUCCUUGAACCUGGACAGAUUCUCAUCGUUUGCGACUGUGGCGGCGGUACCGUUGACACGGCCUCCUAUGAAAUAAGCUCCGUUCACCCCUUCCGUGUGAAGGAGGUACUUCCAGGGCAAUGUAUCCUUGCCGGGGUGUGCCUCCUAGACGAUGCGUUUAUGCAACUUCUAAAGGACAAGGUCGAGAAGAUGACCUCCCCCCGGGCGUUCCAGGCCCUGACAGAGAGUGAUUUUCACCGUAUAGUCUAUAAUCACUGGGAACUGGACAUGAAGGUGUACUUUAGUGACAGUUACCCGACCAAGCAUAUCGACCUGCCUACUAAAUGGGCUGCGAGCCGCCAGAAAAGAAUGCCCGUUGGCCAAGAAGUCGAUAUCACUUUCACCCAGUGUGAACUUGCUUCGAUCUUUGACCCUAUCGUGGGAAAGAUCAUAAGCCUGAUUGAAAUGGAGGUGAACAAAGUCUCCAUCUCCCCAUCGAAGGAUGUGUCGCACCUCAUUGUGGCUGGAGGUUUCGGCCAGAAUGCCUACCUGCGACAAAAGAUUACGCAGACAGUCAACAGAGUGUCUCCCACCACUAACAUCCUCGACUAUCCAAACAGAAAAGGGUGGAAUGCAGUGUCCCAGGGAGCCGUUAUCCAGGCUCUCCAAGCGCAGACGAAUCAGCAACCGGUCCUGGUAACCUCUAGAAUCGCACGGGCGAGCUGGGGAGUGCGUGCUAGCGACGGCAACUCAGUCUUCUGGCUUGUUCGUGAAAAUGAAUCUCUUGACGCUACCAGCCCUAAUCUGCGACUUCUACCAGCAGAAGCUCUCUCGGCCGAUGAUCCCGCUAGAAGCGACGUCUUCAAUAUCCGUCCCCAUCAAGAUGUCUGUCGACUCAGCUGGAAGACCGUUGAUGUUGGGUUAAAGUCCGACACGAAUGCCGAUCUCAAGGCACCCUUGCAGAUCGAAUUUAUAUGGGACGGGGCCAAGAUGGAAUUCUCGCUGCUCUAUGGUGGUGUUCAGCAGAGCUCGGUGAAAGUCGAGCACAAUUGGGAAGUUUGA